GAUGAAUGCGGAAAAUGACAGAAAAAAAGCAAGACCUCCCGCCAGCUACCGGAUAUAAGCUUCAAAGUGGACCUCCGUGGGUCAGUCUGUUUUCCUCAGGUUGAUGACGCCUGAGAGGAGACCCUUGCUCGGAGCGUCGUCCGACCUCUCCCGCACCACUUAUCAUUCAGAACGUUCCAGUCUUUCAGAACAUUCAACCGUGGUCCCAGACCAAGACGAUCUCCUCAACACCUUUACUAGGGCCCAGUCGUGUUGCAUCUUGGCUGGUUUAUGGAGUGCUGUCUUUCUAGGUGCUCUCGACGGCACCGUAGUAGCUACCUUACUCGCCCCCAUCGGCAGUGAUUUCAAAAAGAGCAACCAGGCAUCCUAUAUUGGCACUUCCUACCUCUUGUCAGUCUGUUGCUUUACACCUCUCUAUGGUCGUCUAUCUGAUGUCAUGGGUCGUAAAGGCGCCAUGCUUCUGGCCCUCUCUCUUUUUGGCUCUGGUACCAUUCUUUGCGGCCUUGCACCCUCCAUGGAAGCUCUCAUUGCGGCACGCGCCUUGGCUGGCAUGGGUGGAGGAGGUGUAAUGACAGUCUCUAGCAUUGUCGUCACCGACUUUAUUCCCUUAAAUCAGCGCGGAUUAUAUCAAGGAAUGGCAAAUAUACUUUUCGGACUGGGUGCCGGCAUUGGAGGUCCUUUAGGUGGCUGGAUCAAUGACAAGUUUGGAUGGAAAUCUGCUUUUUUUUUCCAGGCCCCUGUCCUUUUAUUUAGCUUUACACUUGUUGCCUGGAAGGUCAACAUCAAGCUACCUUCCGAGGUGCAGAACCUUCCCCUAAGUGAAAAAUUCAGGCGUAUUGAUUUUCUGGGCUCCAUCACUCUUGUUGGAACCGUCGGUUCUUUGCUACUGGGCUUCAGCCUCAAAACCACAGAAGAGCUUCCAUGGAGUCAUCCGAUUGUCUACGGAUUGUUCACAGCGACUUUUGUUUUUGCCGCGCUCUUCGUUUUUACGGAAACUCGGUUGGCUCCGUAUCCUGUUAUGCCUCUACGGCUCAUAUGCCGGAGAACGCCACUCGCAGUUGCAAUGUCAAACCUCUUCGGUAGUAUGGCGGCCUUCUCAGUGUUGUAUAAUAUUCCGUUGUAUUUCUCAGCCGUACACCUUUAUUCAUCCGCAGACUCAGGCCUACACCUUUUACCCCAUUCAGUCGCAAUAUCCACCGGCAGCGUCUUUGCAGGAUGGGUAAUGAGACGUACCGGGAAACUCUACACCCUUAAUCUAUUUUCAGCUCUCUCAGCUCUCGUCGCAACAGCUCUCCUAGUCUUUUGGAAUCGGAGUACCCCUACGUUCCACUUGUGGUUUGACAUCGUCCCGCAAGGUUUCGGCAUGGCAAGCGUCAUCACAUGUACCUUGAUUGCGAUGAUUGCGGGCGUUGAAAAACAUGAUAUGGCUGUCGCCACCGGAAUUACGUACCUGUUUAGGACUACGGGUCAAGUGUUGGGCGUAAGCUUGAGUGGUGCUACCCUUCAGGCUGUGCUACUGCAAAAACUACGGCAGAGAAUACAAGGUCCUGGUGCAAUGGAGCUCAUAUACGAAAUUCAACAUUCGACCUCAAUUAUACCCACACUCCCACCUGAUUUAAAGGAAGCAGCCAUCAGUUCUUACGCGGAUGCACUCAGAGUAGUGUUCAUUUGUCAAGCUGCAUGGAAUUUCUUGGCCUUUCUAUGCUGUAUACCAAUCCAGGAAAGCUUGUUACCGGGAUCACCGCACCACGCACAAAAUAAUGAAGAUUAAACAAGUGAUUAUUUAUUGCACUUCCAUCUUUUUUUUUCUUCUUGCCAUUGUCUGCCACGCCGGAGGAAUUAUGCACAAACUAGACGAAGUUCACUUUAAGGGACGCUGUUAUUCAUGAUCCACCA